AUGUUUAAAGUAAUCCUAGCUAUUACUUUUUGUUAUCUCGCUGCUGCAUAUUCUGUAGCAGCACAAUGGGGAACAGUCAACAAACCAUUCUCUGUCAACUCAUUGUGGAAUAGUCGUCCAGUCAACCCAAUUCUUUCAGGUGUAACAGUUCCAGCAUCAACUUAUUUCCCAACUGUUCAAGGAGGUGCUUACUCAACUGGUGUUUAUGUUGCUUCAGCAACCGAUCAACCAAUGACCGUUUACGGACCUUCAGCAACUGUUGGUAUUAAGAAUGUUGAUAUUGGAGGUUAUGUUACUAGUAUGGUAAUUCCACGUUGGCCAGCUAAUGCUGUUCCAGCCACUGGAUCUGAUGGACAUUGUGAAAUUUAUGAUCCAAUUGCAAAGGUUAUUCACUCAUUCUGGCAACUCAAGAAUGUCACAGGUGUUUGGAGAGCUACUCUUUAUGGAUGGGCUGCUUUGGAUGGAACUGGUUGGGGAGAUCCAGCUCAUUACUAUCAAGGUGCUCGUGCCGUUGGUAUUGUCAGUUCUGCUGGUAUUAUAAGAAAGCACGAAGUUGAUGAUGGUGAUGUCAUGUACAGACACGCAUUGGCUUUAUCUUUAACUUACAAUGCUCUUGCUAAUGGUAGUAACACUUAUGUUUUCCCAGCAACUUCUGCAGAUGGUGAUGCUUCUACAACCAAUUAUGGAGCUAUUCCAGAAGGUAGUUUGUUAAUGCUUCCAUCCUCAUUCAAUGCUUCCAAGUUGACUACUCAAAAGCUUAGAAAAGUUGCAGAAACUUUGAAAACUUAUGGAGCUAGAGUAGUUGAUAGAAAUGUUGGAACUCCUUAUGCAAUCUAUGUUGAAAUUGGAGCUAAUUACUCUUUGCAUCCUCCUGGUGGUUGGAGCAACACCGCAGCCAGUGAAUUGCAAACUAUUAGAGAAGCUUUGCGUCCUCUUGUUAGUGCCUCCAGUUGGUUGAAUGGUAAUGGUCAACCAGUUACUUUUUCACAAAAUCAAAACUUGUUGUCAAUGAGAGGACCAUGGACCUUGCAAUCUGGUGAUGCUUUGGGAGUUUUUGAUACUUAUCAACAAGCUGUAGUUUUCCCUUCCAAGAGUGCUCGUGUUACUCAAACCAAUAGUAAUGGAACUGGUUUUGCCAAGUUGAAUUGGGCCAAGCCAAUUGCUGGUCAAUCAUACAAUCUCACUGCUAUUACAACUGGGGGAGGUCAAUUGCGUCUUUCAUUCAAUUUGGAUUGUUCAGAUUCUACAAAGGUAAUCAAUAGUGGAGCUCUUAAUAAUGGACAAAGUUUCGUAUUCACUUGGCCAGCUAGUAAUUGUUGGCACACAUUGUAUGCUAUCAGUGGACUCAAUCAAGCUUCCUCUGUCUCUGCUUCUCUUAUUAAGGUUUAA